CAAAUUUGAAUUUUGUUGAUAAUUCGUUAUUUAAGCGUUUUUUGUCUUUUGUCAAUUUUUUACCUAUAGUUUUUGAAUAGGUAUAUGGCUGAGAUCAUAUCAAAAAAACAAGCCUAUUUCGAUAUAGAGUUUAUGAACGAAGAGCUAGUCUGUUGGUGUCUAAUCAUCACCCAUUUCAGCAUCCAUUAACUAAUUAGCGGAUUCUAAACUACAAAGGAUCAUGUCUGAUGAUUCGUCUGAUUCGGAAGUCUCAUUCGUCGUGAACACAAAGAAAAAAGGCAAAAAACUUAUUUUAUCAAGUCCAGAAUAUACAAGUGAUGAAGAUGUGGUCACCUCAUCACCGACACCACCCAGACGGUCAGUUCGCGGCAGGUCUUCGGUAAAGGCUGAAAUUGAGGACUCAUUUAAUUCAGAUGAUAUUUUAGACCAAUCCAUUGAGCAAAACUCAGGUUCAUCAUCAAAAUCUGAGGAGCAAACUUUUAACUUUAGCUCAGUUUCAUCAGAAAAAUCUGACCAACCUCGUGAGCUAAGCCGUAUUCCACAACCACUACCUGAUGAUGCCUUUGCCACUCCAAGACAGUUAAGAGAUAUAAUUCAGACAACUUCACCAAGCCUCGAGGAUGCAGGGGGUGUACAUAUUUCCGAUGUAUCUCGAUCUCCAACACCUGAAGAAAAGUAUCCUAUUUCACCAAUUCCAAAAGAAGAUGGAGUUGUAGAUACUUGCAAUGCUAGCAGUGAGGUUGUACAGAUCAGUGAUGAUGAAGAAUCUGUAGUCACCAUCAACACGUCUUCUGUUGAACAGAACCCAUCUUCUAUGUUGACUGAUAAUAGAGAGACAGUUACUGACGAUGUUUAUAGAGAGCAAUGUCAGAAAGUACAAAAACUUCAAUCUGAUAUCCAAGUAAUAAAUAAUACAUUGAGAACCGUGAAGCUUAACCUUUUAGAAGAUGGAGGACAAUCUAUUAGAGUUAGAAGAGCUUCAUUGGAACAAAAGCUGCUCAAAGAGGCAAGGACACUAUCGAAUAUGGAAAUUAACAGACAAUCAGGUGAUGUUCCAACAAUAGAGGAUCUUGAGAUGAAGAUUAACCUGGUGUUACCUCGUACUUUUGGUCAAAAGGCUAUGUCCACUUUCAACGCACAAAAAGCGCUUACAAUAGAUGGUUUGAAUGAGUUACAUGGAUCUCUAAAGACAUGUCCCACUGAAAAAGAUCUAGCUGAAGAUCCAGAAGGAUUAAAAGUGGACCUUAUGCUUCACCAACGAAGAGCAUUGGCAUGGCUCAUGUGGAGAGAAGAACAAAGACCUUCUGGGGGUAUAUUAGCUGACGAUAUGGGCCUGGGCAAAACCCUGACAAUGAUAGCACUGACGAUGAAAUCACUAGAAAACAUACAUGAUGAAGAAGAUAGGGGUGCGAAAGAAGAUUCUCAAUCAGGUGCUAAGUGGAAAGGAGGCACACUCGUUGUAUGUCCUGCCAGUUUAAUCAACCAGUGGUCGGGCGAGAUUGACAGAAGAACAAGAAGAGGAAAGCUUUCAUAUGAGGUGCAUCAUGGACCCAACCGAGAUACUAAAGCGAAAAGGCUAGCAAAACAUGAUAUCGUGAUCACAACGUACGCAAUAGUGAAGAACGAAAGUGAAAAGGAAGGAGCGUUAUUCAAUAUAAAGUGGAAACGUGUGGUUCUGGAUGAAGCCCACCAGAUACGAAACUAUAAAUGUCAAACUUCCGAGGCUGCCUGUCGCUUAGCGGCAAAAUCUAGAUGGGCUUUGACUGGAACGCCCAUUCAUAAUAAGGAGCUUGAUAUGUACGCCCUGCUGAAAUUUUUGCGCUGCUCGCCAUUCGAUGAUUUGCAGGUAUGGAAGCGUUGGGUUGGGAUGAAAGACAGAGGUGGUGAGGAAAGGCUCCACACAGUCAUAUCUUCUAUAAUGUUGAGAAGAACAAAAGCAGAAUUAGUAGAAAAAGGCAUGAUGAAUGCGCUGCCAGAGAGGACUUGGGAGUUGAUAGAAGUUAUAUUGAGCAAGAAAGAGAUGGCUGUUUACCAAAGAAUUCUUGUAUUUUCGAAAACGUUGUUCGCGCAGUUUCUAUAUCAGCACGCGGAGAAAAAGGAUGAUUAUCGUCUGGCAGAGUCCCUAAAAUCUCAAGAGGGACCAAAUGCGGAGUUUUUUAAAAUGAGGCAAAAGUUAUUGGGUUUGAACAGAGGAGAGGAAGUCAAACAGUCUAUAAUCUUAGUACUGCUCUUAAGACUUAGGCAGAUCUGCUGUCAUCCAUCAUUAAUAAAAAAUAUGUUAGGUGGAAAUGUAGGCGAGCUUGACGGCGGAGACGGGGGUGAUGAAGAAUUAGAUCUACUUGAGCAAUUGAAUAACUUAAAUUUGACUGAGGAAAAUAGCAUUCACGAUAAGUCUAGUAAUGAAAAUAAUGAUCCGACCAAGACCGAUUUCAAUAAGGUAGCAAGUAGUCUGUUGAAUCCAUCUAACCCUGUAUUUUCACCAAGCAGUAUUAGCAGCAAGAUUGUAUCUUUGAUGGAUGUAUUAAAAAAUAAAAUAUCGCUGCAAGAUGACAAAGUCGUGAUUGUUUCCCAGUGGUCUUCAUAUUUAGAGAUAAUAGAGGUGUUCCUGAAAAGAGAUGGUUACCGGUUUGAACGAUUAGAUGGCGGUGUUCCAGUUCACAAAAGGAUGGAGAUUGUUAAUAACUUCAACAAUCCUUCUAAUAAAAUAAGAAUACUCAUGUUAUCAUUAACUGCUGGAGGAGUAGGAUUAAAUUUAGUUGGUGCAAACCAUCUUUUCUUGUUGGACUUGCACUGGAAUCCUCAACUAGAAAAUCAAGCGCAGGAUCGUAUUUAUAGAGUUGGUCAACAAAAACCCGUCUUUAUAUACAAGUUUAUGGCAGCAGACACAAUUGAAAAGAGGAUUUUGGAAUUACAACAAAAUAAGUUGGGUAUAGCAGACAACAUGUUAACUGGCUCAAAACAAGUGGCAGCAAAUAAACUGACUAUUCAAGAUUUACGGAAGCUGUUCGAGAUGUAAUGUUUGUGUAUAUGGUUAUUUUUUUAUAUUUUAUUUUAUGAUUUUCAACUUACCUGAUAUUAUAAAUAAGUGUUUUAAACCAAAUACAGUUAUUUUAUGCAUAUAUUAGCUUUUCUGUUCUUUCAAAAUCUUACUCAGCACAAAACCAUUUUAUCAAAAAUUUCCCAAUUCCAGGCCGUAAAAAUAAUACUCGUCUCCGUUAAUCAUUACACGUGUUUCCAAUCAGC